AUGGAUGAAAUCAAGUGGGAAGCUAUCCUAGCCGGGAACGUGGAGAGUCUUGCAGAUGCUCUUGUGUCGAGCUCGACUUCUCGCCGUGUGCGAGCCCUCCACCUCGUGCGGGAAAAGAAUGAAUCGAUUCUGUCCGAUGAAUCACGUAUACCGCUGCUAAAUGUCCUCCUCCGAACAUACUCGUUUUACAUUGACCGACCGUCUCGCCGAGCCGUCGAACAAUGCCUCCGAGCCGUUCUCAAAUCGACAAACGACCGCAAGGACAUUACUUAUCUAACUAGCAGGCUGCAAAAGGAAUGCGCAAAGCCCAGUCUUGCACCGGCAUCUGCUUUCGUCUUAGUUGAAUGGUGUUCUAUCGUGCAACAACAUUUCAGCACGGCCGACGUGCCCAUCACCGAUAUCCUGGACGUGAUUUCUGCCAAUGCCAACGUGCUGGAAUUGUGUCUUGCGGAAACUUCGAAACCGUCACUGCAGCAGUCUGCCCUACGGGUAUCACGCCGUUCUUUGAGGGCUGUAUUCUCCAUCGAUUCCGGCGAAAAGGUCAUACAAGAGUCUAUUUCACGACUCACUGCUGGGCCAGCAGCUCAAAGAAAUGCGCCGUUCCUCGGCGUUAUCUCGGGUGUCUGCGCACGCCUUCCAAACAGAAAACCCGUUCUCGAUGGUCUUAAGAAGCAGAUCCUAGCAUUCUACACCAAGGAAAUUAUUGGUUCACGAACCUUGGUCCCAUCGCAUAUUGCAAGCGGACUGUCCGAUUUCUUCUCCUCGUUCAUUACUUACGACGACGUGGCCAACGAAAUUACUCCGACACUAGAAAAGGCGAUUUUGAGAUCACCCGAGGUUGUGUUGACCGGUCUGAUUCAGCCUCUCAGCGCGUCACUACCUGAAAAUAUCGAUCUCUCAGAGGUGGUCAGUUCGCGCUUGGCGAAACCGCUUUUGUCCAGUUUGAAAUCUACAAACGUCGUCAUUCGACAGGGCGCUUCUCAAUCGCUCCAGUCCUUGAUAUCCAGAUGCAAGUCUGACGACUCACUCCUUAAACUAACCAACGAAAUCAUUGGGCCAUUGAAAACCCAAAAAAUCUCAAACGCUGAUCAGCGAGCUUUGCAUGCUGAUGCUCUGUCGACUAUACCCUGUCUGGCAGCGGUGUCGCAGGAAAUCGUCCAUGGCUUGGUCCCCGUGGCCGUCAAGGAGUCGAGCGAUGUUGGGCUGGCAGCUGAACUCAAGGCUGUGUCUAAGCACCUCACUCAUCUUUUCGCCUCCAAGGUAUCUCUCAAAGAUGAAACGAUCACCGCAAUCGCAAAGGCAUCGACAGACAAGCGAAUUCCCUUUCGCAAACUGUGGCAGCUUCAAGUUGCCGAAGUAUUCUGGAAUGCUGACGCAGAAGUUCUUCGCGACCCGUCGAACGAGAAGCUUGUCAGCCAGGUUCUGUCCAAACUUAAAGACUCAUACAAUGAAGUCGUUGCAAACCCUCUUCCUUCGGCACAGAGUGGACUUGUAUCAACGGCCUACGGCUAUCUUGCUCUCUGCGGUUCCUUGCAAGGGUCCAAAGGCAUUUCGAAAGCAGACUGGGCAGCCAUUACUAAACAGUCUAUGUCACUGGCACCAAAACCUUCGUUUUUGCUAAACUCAAAAGUCUAUAGUAAAUUGACGAUCGAAGAGGACUUUCGCUGGUGCACACGAGCUCUUGCUGCCAUUGCAAAAGACAGUGACAUGCAGGGCUACGAUGCAGCAACUCAAAUUGCAUGGGGCCAAGCCUUCAUAUCAGUGAUUGCUAACCCGCACGUUCCUCAAAAGACGCGCGAAUAUGCCUGCCGGAUUUUGACUACCGUUUACCUCGAUCACUCCACAAUCAUUGGUGACAUUGUCAUUGAUGCACUUUGGUCUUGGACCCUUGGCCUGGCCAUUGCUGAUAGGGACUCUGCCGCGUUUUCUGCAGGUGAAUCUGGUCAAGGUCUACUCCACUUUGUUGUUAAAGCUAUUUGCCCAAAUGCGUCAACUGCUAAGAAAUUCUCGGAGGAAACCAGGUUAGCAAUUGAAAAGCAGCUGAUUAGACUGGUUAUCCUCUGCCGUGAAGAAUUGAUUCCAAAGGUGUCCUGGAUCGAUCUCUGUUUAAAGACAGGAAUAGACCCUGGAAAGCUUGUCUCGGAUCAUCCUGAUGAAUGCACUGAGCAAUUGACACAAGUUUUGGAAGAUCCCGUGCAGUCAAGGAUUACCCAAGCGAGUAACGCUGUUGGAAAUGCAGCUGCAGACUUGGCCUUCGUUGCUCCGGAUGUGAUGGUACCUCGAAUUGUCAAUAUUCUGAAAGAGGAUCUGGCAGACGAUCGCAUAUCCAAGUUUUCACCAACAGAUGCCGCUAUUUCUCGUACGCCCGAGGGCACGACAUUUGUAGAUGUGUUGAGCAAAAAAUCUGCCUCAGACUUAUCUGAUAAAAACAUCAAAGACUAUAAUACCCUGAAAUGGGAAGAGGAGCUUCGAGCACAGCUAGCGCAGAAGAAAGGCCAAACCCAGAAGAAGCUCACAGCUGAAGAACAAGGCAAGGUCAAAGCGCAAUUGGCAAAAGAAGCCAAGAUCCGAGAAGAAGUUCUCUCCGAAGGAAAACGAGUUGAAAGAGGCUGUGUUAUCGUCCACGGACUUGCUACUGGGCCGCCCACCGAUCCUAGUGGAUGGAUUAGCGUAGCAGCUACAAUGCUCCUGUCGUUAGCUCGAUUAAAUGCUGGCCUUUUCGUAGGCGAUGCUGUGUCAAAAGCGUACAUCUCCUGUGCCGAUCGAGUUUCCCCUCGUCUUGGUCCCUUGCGGUCAUUCGUUGGUAUUGCUACUCUGCGUGCCUUGGGCAACACGAACUUGCCACCUGAUAUGGAAAUUGAGCCCCUCGGAGAUCUUGUCACAAGGAUUCUCUACAGACUGCGCUUUUCCUCUGAGCAGCUACCGUUCGAACCAGCUUCCCUCGCUUAUCUUCUUCCUUUGGCAUUCUUAGUGCUAAGCCGAGACGGUAUCGAGGAGCAGAAAGGAGAAGAAGGCGGGGAACAAGUUCUUUUGACAUUGGAAUUCCUGUCGUUCCAUUCGUCUUCAUUCUCUGAUAGCCGACUCAACCGGGAAGAGGUCCUACGGCAAUUGAUCACAUCAUUGCACAAGUACUCGCAGCACUAUAAGAUUGUCAAGGAUACGCUACUCGAUUUCUGUAGAUGCAUUUCGCCAAACAUCACGGAUAAUGAAUUAGAUGUUCUUCUGGAGGGGACAAUUGCUCCAGACGUCUCAGUAAGAACUGCAGUUUUGCAAGCAAUCGAAGCAGAGAUUGACUUGACGGACUUUGACUUUUCUGAGCAUAUUUGGCUAUGCUGCCAUGAUCAGGUUGAAGAAAAUGCCGAGCUGGCAGACGCUAUUUGGGAGGAUAAUGCUCUCGACGUAGACGAAACCUCAUACUUGAAACUCUUCAAGUAUGUCGAAUCCAAAGACGCGCAAUUACGAGGAGCUGCUGCCCGCGCCCUUGCUCAUACGAUCGAACUUAACCCUUCAACGUUUGACGUCAUCUUUUCAGAGUUGCAAACAAGAUACACGACUGAGAUCAAACCAAAAGCUCCUGGAAAAGAUAAAUAUGGCAUGCCCUUGAAAGCGGAUACAACAGAUGUAUGGGAUGUCAGAAGCGGAAUAGCUCUGACCUUCAAAGCAAUGACCAAACUUUUCGAGGGUGAUAGAAUCGUAUCAUUUAUGAAAUUUUUGAUCGAGAACGGCCCACUGGUAGACAAAAAUGCCUAUGUCAGGGAACAGAUGGCAGACAGCGGAAGAUCGGUCAUUGCAGAACGCGGCGAACAAAAGGUUGAGGAGCUCAUGACGCUCUUUGAAAACACACUCGAGUCGUCUGACAAGGCAACAGAAAGCUCAGACUGGCUGAAUGAGGCUGUCAUUAUCCUCUACGGUUCAUUAGCCAGACAUCUUAAAUCCGGCGAUAAACGACUCAACACAGUCGUCAAUAAGCUACUUGCUGCUCUUCCCACACCCUCCGAGAUGGUACAGUCUGCGGUUGCAGAGUGCCUUCCUCCCCUGGUUAGACUGUCAGGUCCCGAGACAGAAAAAUACGUCGGAGGGUUGUUGGAACAGCUGGUCCAAUCUAAGAAAUAUGCAUCGCGCCGUGGAGCAGCGUAUGGAAUUGCUGGUAUCGUCCAGGGUAAGGGAAUAGUUGCUUUGAGACAGUAUCGCGUCAUGUCGGUGCUCAGAGACGCUCUCGAGAACAAAAGGGACCCAAACCACCGCCAAGGUGCUCUUUUGGCCUACGAGCUGCUUUCAGCUGUUCUUGGACGGACAUUCGAGCCUUAUGUCAUUCAAGUCGUUCCUUAUUUACUCGCAAGCUUUGGGGAUCCUAGUAUUGAUGUGCGAGAUGCCUGCCUUGAUGCUGCCAAGACGUGUUUUGCAAACCUCAGCUCUUUUGGCGUGAAACAAAUUCUCCCAACCCUCCUGGAAGGGCUGGAUGACUCUCAGUGGCGUAGUAAAAAGGGUGCUUGCGAUCUCCUGGGUGCCAUGGCCUACCUUGAUCCCCAACAAUUGGCCGUUAGUUUGCCAGAUAUAAUUCCUCCUCUCACUGUUGUGUUGAACGACAGCCACAAGGAGGUUCGCAAUGCAGCUAACCGCAGUCUGCAACGCUUCGGCGAAGUCAUUAGCAACCCAGAGGUGAAGGGCCUGGUAGGAAUUCUCCUCAAGGCUUUGAGUGACCCUACGAAAUACACAGAUGAAGCUUUGGACUCAUUGAUCAAAGUCUCUUUUGUGCACUACCUCGACGCUCCUUCACUGGCCCUUGUCGUGCGUAUUCUUGAGCGCGGGCUUAGCGAUCGUUCAGCUACAAAACGCAAGGCUGCAGAGAUCAUUGGAAGUCUUGCCCACCUUACAGAAAGAAAAGACCUUAUUUCGCACUUGCCUAUUUUGGUUUCAGGCUUGCGUCUUGCGAUAGUCGACCCUGUGCCAACGACUCGCGCCACAGCUUCGAAAGCCCUUGGUUCCCUCAUUGAAAAGUUGGGAGAGGAUGCUCUUCCAGACCUUAUCCCGAGUCUCAUGUCCACUCUCAAAGCAGAUACAGGAGCAGGCGACCGGCUGGGAUCUGCGCAAGCUCUUUCCGAAGUUCUCGCUGGACUUGGAACGACUCGUCUCGAGGAAACCCUGCCUACAAUUCUACAAAAUGUUUCCAGCUCCAAGCCGUCUGUCCGCGAAGGCUUCAUGUCUCUGUUCAUUUUCUUGCCUGCUUGCUUUGGCAACAGCUUUGCGUCUUAUCUGAGCAAGAUUAUUCCACCCAUUCUCGCAGGUCUUGCAGACGACAUCGAGGCGAUACGCGAAACAUCUUUGCGGGCUGGUCGGUUGUUGGUUAAGAACUUUUCCUCAAAGGCCAUCGAUCUUCUUCUUCCCGAACUUGAGCGUGGUUUGGCAGAUGAUAGCCACCGUAUCAGAUUGAGUUCAGUGGAACUUGUUGGAGACUUGCUCUUCAACAUCACCGGUAUUACUAGCAAUGUGGAUGCCGAAGAGCAAGAAGAAGGUGCUACUCAAGCCGGUCAGUCUCUGCUUGAAAUUCUUGGCGAGGAGAAGCGUAACAAAGUGCUAUCUGCUCUUUACAUUUGUCGUUGCGAUACCUCAGGCCUCGUCAGAAGCGCAGCAAUUACAGUGUGGAAAGCACUUGUUGCCACGCCUAGGACACUUAAAGAAUUGGUUCCUACACUUACGCAGUUCAUCAUCCGACGACUUGGCUCCUCUAACAUGGAGCAGAAGGUCAUUGCAGGAAAUGCCUUGGGAGAUCUCAUCAAGAAAGCCGGAGAAGCUGUUUUGGCAACUCUCUUGCCAUCUCUCGAGGACGGUCUUAGGACGUCUACUGAUGUUGAUGCCAAGCAAGGUAUUUGCAUUGCGCUCCACGAAUUAAUAACCUCAGCAUCCGACGAAGCUAUUGAAGACUUUGAAAAGACAAUCGUUUCAAUUGUCCGAGUCGCUUUGGUUGACAAUGACGAGGAUGUGAGGGAGGCCGCAGCUGAAGCAUUUGAUGCUUUGCAACAGAGUUUGGGCAAGAGGGCGAUUGACCAAGUUCUGCCCUAUCUUUUGUCCUUGCUCAGAAACGAUGACGAAGCCGAACAAGCUCUUGCAGCAUUACUUACCUUGCUUACGGAAACCACUCGAGCCAACGCCAUUCUUCCCAAUCUCAUUCCGACAUUGCUCACAACCCCCAUCAGUACAUUCAACGCUAGAGCGCUCGCUUCGUUGGCAGAGGUCGCUAGUUCAGCCAUGACUCGCCGGAUGCCUACGAUACUCAAUUCUCUGAUGGACGAGAUAAUAUUGACCAAGGAUGACGAGCAUAGACUUGAGCUAAGCACCUCCUUCGAUACUAUUCUCGUUUCAGUUGACGAGUUUGAUGGUCUGAAUGUCGUUAUCAGUGUGAUGCUGAACCUCAUGAAACACGAUGACCAUAAGCGACGAGCCAAUGCCGCCAACCACCUCGCUAACUUCUUCUCCAAUGCAGAGAUCGACUUCUCAAGGUAUCACCAGGAUCUUAUUCGGGUGCUUCUCAUAUCCUUUGACGACAGGGAUUCGAAUGUUGUCAAGGCUGCCUGGUCUGCAUUAAGCAAACUUACAGCCAGCAUGCGCAAGGAAGAGAUGGAGCUGUUGGUUGUUUCUACUCGUCAAGCCUUGCGCCAGGUCGGAGUUGCAGGAGCCCCUCUACCUGGAUUCAGCUUGCCUAAGGGCAUCAUGGCAAUCUUCCCCAUCUUUUUGCAGGGUCUAUUGAACGGAAACACGGACCAGCGAACACAAGCUGCUCUUGCAAUUGCCGACAUUAUUGACCGAACGGCCGCCGACUCUCUGAAACCGUUUGUUACUCAAAUCACAGGUCCAUUAAUUCGUGUCGUGUCCGAAAGAUCUGUCGACAUCAAAUCCGCAGUGUUCUACGGCCUCAACAAGCUGCUUGAGAAAAUCCCGCUUGCUGUCAAGCCAUUCCUGCCUCAACUUCAACGAACUUUUGCCAGAGGCUUGGCGGAUACUACAAGUGAAAUGCUCCGAAAUCGCGCUGCUAAAGGUCUAGGUAUCCUGAUUACCCUAACGCCUCGUGUGGAUCCACUAGUUGCAGAAUUGAUUGCCGGUUCUAAAACGGACGACAAUGGGGUUAAGAACGCUAUGAUGAAGGCUCUCCAUGAAGUUGUGAGCAAGGCGGGUGGCAGCAUGAGCGAGACGUCAAGGAAUGCUGUACUCGGCUUGAUCGACGACGAUAGCAGUGAUCGUACGGAUGCAAUGGCAAUCACCAACGCCCGAUUACUCGGUGCUCUUGUGAAAAAUCUUUCUGCUUCCACAGCGAUCCCGCUGAUCAAAUCUCGAGUCUUAACUACGAACUUUACUCAUUCCUCUGUACUUGGGCUGAAUGCUCUACUUGUCCAGUCACCUGCGUUGUUACUCGAAAACUUUGCGGCCGAAACGCCGUCCGUAAUUUGCCAGGGAAUAUCUAAUUCAGAUCCAUAUAUAUCGGACCAUAGUGUACUGGCUGCUGGCAAGUACAUCCUUGCUGAAGGAGAUGGAAAGAACUUUGAAUCAACAAAGCCUGUCUUUGAAGCACUGGCGUCAGCGAUACCAUCAGGUAACCCGGCCGAUACGAGGCGCUUGACUUUCGUCGUCCUUCGCACCAUAAGCCGCCUUCACCCAGAAUAUACGCGACCACAUCUGCAGAAUCUUGUUCCGCCGAUUUUUGGAAGCGUGCGAGAUACUAUUAUCCCAGUUAAACUGGCCGCUGAAGCCACUUUCCUGGCAAUAUUCGACGUGGUAGAUUCAGAAGGGGCAGUCUUUGACAGGUACAUGGCCGGCCCUGGUGCAGAGCUACCUGCUGGUCCCAAACGAAGCAUGUCGGAUUAUUUCAAACGUGUCGCACUACGUCUUGCUACUCAAGCUCGUGAACGAAAAGAGGCAGAGGGCGGUCAAGGUGGACUUGGACUCUCCAGUGACGAAGUGGAAGACGAAAAGGAACUAUGGAGUAUUGGGCGGGUUGACUUGGAUGACGACUCUUUCGUAAAUCGACCCGAACGACGAACUCCAAACGCCAAACGACCGUCGAUACGCCGACAUCAAGAUAAGCGCCUUGCGGCCGCUGUGAUCGGCUGCGGCCAGCGCAAGGUCUGGCUCGAUCCCAAUGAGAUGAGCGAGAUCUCCAACGCCAACUCUCGCCAAACCGUCCGCAAGCUGGUCAGCGAUGGCCUCAUCAUCCGCAAGCCCGUCACCAUGCACUCCCGUGCUCGUGCCCGUGAACUCAACUUGGCUCGCCGAAUUGGUAGACACCGUGGUCUCGGUAAGCGCAAGGGUACCAAGGAUGCCCGUAUGCCCAGCCAGGUUCUCUGGAUGCGCCGCCAACGUGUUCUCCGCCGUCUCCUCGUGAAGUACCGUGCCUCUGGCAAGAUCGACAAGCACCUGUACCACGAACUCUACCACCUCAGCAAGGGUAACACCUUCAAGCACAAGCGUGCUCUCGUUGAACACAUCCACAAGGCCAAGGCCGAGAAGCAGCGCGAGCGUACCCUCAAGGAAGAAAUGGACGCCAAGCGUGCCAAGACCAAGGCUGCUCGCGAACGACGACAAGAGCGUAUCCUCGCCAAGCGAAAUGCUCUUAUCGGCGAGGAAGAGGAGACCAAGGAGUAA